UUUAUUUUUUUGAUAUUGAUAUGUGAUUUAAGAUUUUAUGAGAUAAUUUAAUAUAAUUAUUAUAAUUGAGAUUUUAAGAGUCCUCUAUUCAGACUGGAUAUAAAAAAUGGAUAUAGAACCAGAACCCGAAAUAAUAGGAACAAGUGAAACAGAAACAGUAGCUUUUCAGUACCAAGGACAACUGUACUAUAGAACUUCGAAGAUGAUUUCAAAGGGAGAAGAAUUAUUGGUAGACUAUGGACUAAGUUACAUGAAACAGUUACGUAGCAAUCCUAAAAAAUAUUUUGAACCUCCAGAGAAAAAAUCUCAACCUAUAUUUUUUACAUGCCAAUAUUGUCAUAUAGGGAAAAGUGUCGGCGAAGAAGACAAUAAAACAUGUGAUCAAAUCGCUUUUAAUAAAAACAAUGAACACUCAAAAAUAAAGGCCAUUUUUAUGAAGAACAGCAAGGAGAAUGAAGAAUCGAAGACAACGAAGGAGAAUAAUAAAAAAAGCUUAAAAUAUUUAUGUUCAAUAUGCAAAAAAUUCUUUUCUGAGACAAUCUUUGGAUAACCAUUAUUUGCUACAUCCAGAUAAAACAGUUGAAAUACUUUCAAAAAUACAUUGUUGUCAAAUUUGCUCGUUCAAAACUACAAUAAUAUCUAAUUUAAAUACUCCUAACUGUACAGUAGGUGAUGAUCGACCAAAGUAUGGUUGUUAUCAUUGUAAAUAUAAAUCCCAUUUAGUUACACAUUUAAGACUUCAUAUUGGUGGAAAACCUUUUUAUUGUUUGGAAUGCAAUAAACCGUUUAAUAGCAACAUGAUAACGCAUUAUUGUUGAAGUCAGUAACAUCAAAAAUUCGGUUGUGUUCUUUUUGUAAUAACAGAACCUCAAGUAAAUCGGAUUAUGACAGGCAUCUGGUAAUCAGUAGCGGCGGAUCUAGGGGUAGGGCACCCCCCCCCCCCCCCAGACGGAUCAAAAAUACACAAGAUUGAAUACACUUUUAUUGGGGUGUAUUCCAGACUCCUUCAGUUUGUACCCUAUGUGCCCCCCCCCCUAAUCGAUUUUCUGGAUCCGCCCCUGCUGGUAACCCAUUCUCAAGAAACUCCUCAUGUUUGUUCCGAAUGUAAAAAAGGAUUUAAACGAAAGAUACUAUUACAAUCACAUAUUUUAAGUCAUCAUUCAAGUAACGAAUCAUUAAUGAAGAUGAUUACAUAUAAAAUUCACAAUGUGAAAUAUGCAACUACAGAAGUUUAUUCAUAACUACUUUUAAAUACCAUUUAGAAACUCUUUAAAAAAAAUUUUAAAUUAUUACUUAUAUCAUAUUUAUAGUAAACGUGACGAUCGAACAAAGUACAGCCCCCGGAUGCAUCUAAACAUUCCGUAUAUGUAUUUGGCACCUAGGAGUUUUCUAUUGGUUCUUUGCAGCACGCGGUCAUGUUUUAACCAAUACGCGGCGAGGUGCCAAAUACAUAUACGGAAUGUUUAGAUGCCUCCCGGAACCUUGGCCGAUGACAGACGCUCUCGUCGGUCUAAGUAAUUACUUAAUAGUAAUUGAAUAGUCAUUUCGUUAAUGCUUUAUUUAAUUACUAUUAAGUAAAUACCUAAAUACGAGGAAGUAAAAGCAAAUACUUAUUUUUAUUCAAUAGACCCAAUGAAGGUAAAAUAGAGCGUUAUUAUAUAAUUUUGUGAAAUAGUGAGCUUGUUUGCAUCAUUGCAUUAAAUUUUCUAUAUAGGUUCUACUUGAAUCGGUGUAAACAAAAACAUUCUAAGUCAUGAAAAUCAUUUUUUGCGAAUAACUGGAAAAACACUGUAUAAAUCUGUAUUAAUCCUUUAAAUAAAUACCAAAAAAAUUGUGUGUGGCGUUUUUAUCUGUGAUGGUUGAUGCUUUUUAUUAGAAAAUAAUAUUUAUACAGUGCUCUUCGGAUAAAACUAUCCACCUAACUAUUGAACCACUGAUUUUUAGGAAAAGUGCAACAACACAUCAAGUAAUAAUUAAAGGGGGAGACAUUAUGCCAUAUUUAAGUUUGCUGGGAAACGCGCCGUCUCGGCCCCCGUAUCCUCCCUUAAAUUUUUUUUAAAUUCUACCUUUGAUAUUUGGAUUCUCCUCUUUUUACUGAUUUCAAAAAUGUAUAAUACAUACUUACUUUCCGUGUCCGGAACACCAACAACUUUAAAUUCUGUAUUUCCAAUGGUUGGCCACAUAGAUGGCCCUCUCAUUUGCUAUAAUUAAGUCUUCUUCUGUGCAGAUCUCUCCCAUCUCUGCAUGAUAGUAGAUGCCGGCUGGUCUGAACCGCGCCACAGUCGCAGGUAUCGUCCUCUUGGUAUCCUUAUUUUUUCAAGUUACUAGCACAACGUGAAACACCGGUUCUUAAUCUGUUUAGCGCUUUCCAAGUCGGAUACGGUAAAUUAUGUCCAGCAGCCAUUUCCUCUGAGGGAAGAAAAUGUAUCGCGGUAGGUGACGCUUGCCAUAGGUGUAUUCGGCGCGUCACUGGCGCUUCGGGGAUGGAUCUUGAUGUUUUCAGGAAGCUUUUCCGAGAUCUUAGUCUGCUUUGCUGCGUUUGGUGGUCAUAUAAGGGGUGUCUUCGGUCCGUCUCCUGCUUUUUUCGUUCUACCUCUGACGUGACCUUCCUCCUAAUAUGUGGUGGAGCAAUUCCAGCUAUGGGGUAUACCUCUUCGGUAGGUGUCGGUUUCAGGCAACCCGAUAUACGAACCGUUUCAUUUAGAGCCAAGUCGACGUUCUUUGCGUGAGCAGAGUUUGCCCAUACUGGUGCUCCAAACUCCGCGGCCGAAAAACAUUGCCAAGGCAGAAGUGCGGAGAGUGUGUGGUUGUGCUCCCCAUUUUGUAUUAGUUAGCUUGUGGAUGAUAUUAUUUCUGGCACUUACUUUCUUCUUGACAGUGGUAUCGGUAAGACAGAGUUCUAUCCAGACGGACGCCAAGGUAUUUUGGCGUCUCGUGUUCCAGCAUCUGACCCCGCCAUUCUACCUCCAGUGGCCUUCGGGCAUGCUUGUUUCUCAGGUGGAAAGCACAUACCUGGGUUUUUGUGGGAUUGGGUUUCAGAUGGUUUUUAUCGUAGUACAGAGCUAAGUCUCCCGGGGCAUCUGUCAAUUUCACUUCGACUUCAUUGAAGGUUCUUCCCUGAGCUACCACAGCUGUAUCAUCAGCGUAAAUAAAUUGCCUUGUUUGUUGGUGUAUGUAUUGUAUAGUAUCGGCGCGAGGACACUUCCCUGUGGUAGCCCAUUUUUUUGGUCCCUCCACCGCUUGGACUGGAGCGUUACGUAGAAGCGUCUGUUCUGGAGGAGACAUCUCACUAACCUUGUUGGUCGGAAAUCCUUUGUAAUUUCAUAGAGUUUUGCGAGUAGCUGUUGAUGGUUAACUGUGUCAUAGGCGGCAGUUAGGUCUAUGAACGCUACUCCUGUUAUUUCCUUCCGUUUCAAAACCAUCUUCAAUAUGUUGGGUGAGAUUAAGAAUUUGACUGCAGCAGCACUUUCCGGGUCUGAAUCGUGCUUGUUCUGGAAUAAUUUUAGUCUCCACAUAUUCUGCGAUCCGGUUCAGUAUCAUUCUUUGAAAGGUGGCACAAGAGAGACACAGGUCUAAAACUCUUUGUAUCCGCCGGAUCCUUCCCUGGUUUUAAGAGGGCUGGCAUUCUUUCAGAUUUUGGGGGUUUGUAAUGUACGGAUGCAGCAAUUCAUCAUUUUUACGAGCCACUCUAUGGUUUUUAGUCCAAAGUUCUUUAUUUGUUCUGUUCGCAUGUCGUCCAGGCCAGAAGCUUGAUUAUCUUUCAUUUGGUGGAUCGCGCCUCUCAUCUCCUCUAGACAAAAAGAGGUACCUAGAACAUCUCUUUCUUCGUCGAUAUUCCGUUGAGCUCUCACCUUGUUCUUUCUUGAUGUCGUCUUACCGUUCAUUAGAAGACGAUGAGCUAUCUGAUCGGGUGUGACUUCUGUCAUGUUGAGUGCCGGAGCAGCGGGAUCGUUGCCAAGAUUCCGAAUCAGCUUCCAGGCACGUCUGCUGUUUUGUUUCAUGUCCAGACUCGUGACCAGCUUGCACCACCUUUCCGUUCUGUUAGCGGAUAUCGCAUGUAACAUUUCCUCCCCAGCCUGUAUUGUCGCUUCCGAGAAAGGGUCUUCUUCAUAUAGUCGUAUCUUUUAAGUAGGGGUUUAGAUUCUUCAUAUAUAAUACAUGAUGCUUAUAGUGAUUAGUUUUUAGUUUAUGAGAAAAAUAAAUACAAAAGCAAGAAAACUGGAUCGAAAAAAAAAAUAUUUUUUAACAGUUAUUUUAACAUUUAGAAUGAACAUUUCACUACCAAAAAUUUUUACAAUAAAACUGUUAAAAAUGACUGCUAUUUACCUCUAGACGAUAGUAUACAUAUUGCUAAUAAAUGGCACUCAUUUUGAACAAUAAAGUAUUGUAUAAAUUUUUGGUAGUGAAAUGUUUGUAAUAAAAUAUUAAUUAAAAAAAUAAUUUUUUAAUAGUUUCCUUGCUUUUGUAUUUUUUUUUCUCAUAAACUAAUCACUAUAAGCAUCAUGUGUUAUUCAUUUUUGAAAUCAGUACGACGAGAAUCCAAAUAUCAAAUAAAAAAAGGUGGUAGUAAUUUAAAAAAAAAAUUAAGGGAUGGUACGGGGGUGAGAGGGUGCCUUUUCCAGCAAGCUUAAAUACGGGAUAAUGUCUCCCCCUUCAAAUAUUAUUUGACGUGUUUUUGCGCUUUUCCUAAAAAUCAGUCGUUCAAAAGUUAUUUAAGGUGGAUAGUUGUAUCUUAAAAGCACUGUAUGUGUACACAUGUUAUGUAUAUAUAUGAUUUAUAAUAUUCUCUAUCGCAAUGUCAAAAA